GCUUCUUUCAGUGUGAUUGUUGCUUUCCAUUCAAUACCUGUGUGUACUGUGCUUUGUCUGCACUAGUGUCAUUCAACAAAGUGCUUUAAAAUUAUCUACCCAAGUUACCUUCGCGUAUAGGGCGGGCGGGACAACGCCUGCUGCAGUACGAAAGGAAAAUAUACAAACAUAUUCUCCGCGGUGAACAACUUCUUCGCUGAUUCACCACUGGUGAAUCAGCUUAAAGGCAUUAUGACUCGACAAACAAGCAGUACGGAGCCUGGACCGCCAGACGAGUCCCGUCCAAUCAACGUACGGACUCCUUCAGUCAGCUUUGCUAUCAGCCCUUCGCAAAGUCAGCUAUCGGACAGGUCCAUCACGCCAACUCAGCCUCAGCGACAGGUUGCUUUUCUCAAGCCAGCUGCAAAUACAACACUCGAUCGGAAAGCCUCUAUUGUUGAUGAAAACACUGGGAUAACCAGAACCCAAAUGAAAGAAUUUCGCGAAGCCUUCCGCCUGUUCGAUAAGGAUGGCGACGGGACGAUUACGAAAGAGGAGUUGGGUCGGGUUAUGCGCAGCCUCGGCCAGUUUGCGAGGGUAGAAGAGUUACAUGAUAUGCUUCAAGAGGUUGACAGUGAUGGCGACGGCAAUGUCAGUUUCGAGGAGUUCGUGAACAUCCUCUCAAAGUCUAUGUCUGGGGCCGCUGGUGGUACAAGCUCCGCUGAACAAGAGGAAAGGGAACUGAGAGAUGCUUUCAGAGUAUUCGACAAGCACAACCGUGGCUACAUCUGCGCGUCGGACUUGAGGGCAGUGCUGCAAUGUCUUGGAGAAGACCUUUCCGAGGAAGAAAUCGAAGAUAUGAUCAAAGAAGUGGACUCAGACGGUGACGGUCGCAUCGAUUUCUUAGAAUUCGUGAGAGCAUUGGGUGAACCAGAAGACGCUUGCGACGACGAAGACGAUGAGGAUACAAACGAUGGAAUUGACAUAACUUUAACACGACCCGUGGCCGCUAACUGAAUUCGAUCGAUCUUACUACUCAUAGAAAACCGCUUGUGAUUUAAAAUAUUAUAAAAAAAAAAUGUUAUACACCCCUUACAAAUUACUUUAUUCACAUGUAAAAGGACGACGUAAGUUGUGAGCCGGUUGUGAUGACCACCUUUAGGCCUAUUCCGCGACUGAUGCCUAAUUUAGUUUUUUCAACAAGUUGCUAACCGGUUCUCAAGCACCAUUUCAUCCGAUAGACGUUAACUGUUGGACAUAGUCAUUUCCACUCCACGGUCUUCAGUCAAGAGAUUUGCACGGCUUGCGGCAGGAGACAAAAAUCAUAUCCUCCGAUUAUAUCCUCUGACAAGGGAUGACAUUAACGUGUUCUUUCCAAAGAACGGUAACAGGGUAUUGCAGAAGUUUACCUUCGUUUCAUCAUCGAAGCCUAUAACCAUCCACUGCUGGAACAGGCUUCUCCUCUCGGAUUGGUGACCGCUGUAGAUGCACAGAAGACGCUGCAGCCGCUCUUUAUUAGUCGCCUCGUACGACACCGCGGAGGGGCUACCCUCGUUUAUUAUUAAGAUAUUAUUUCCACGUGUGCAUGGGCGCACAGGUCAGAGUUUAUAAAUCCGUGAAAGCAGGGCUAGCACGGUGAGGAGAUUAAAAUUAUACCCCCUCACAAGGGAUAA